CAAAAAUAAUCAAAUAUUGAUCCAAGAGGUCAUGACCCGUUGGUGACAAAUACUGCAGCCCCCAUCCUUUGGGUGUUCAUCUACCGGCUUCGCCUUGGAAGCCUGACAAUGUUCUCAAACAAUAUGGCUGUAACCCUACUCUCUCCAUCAGGAAUUAUCACCCACCAUCCCUUGUUGCUGACUCCAUAGGAAGUCCCACCAAAGAUCAGAAUCACACCAACCUCCCAAGUUCCCCAUCAAUUCCUUAACUUCAGAUAUCUCAUGUGUUUCUUCCCCUGAAAGUAUAUUUAGAGAGCUAUGAGUUUAUGAAAAAGAGCUUGUGGGAGAUGUGGGAAAUCUGAGGUUUUAAGUCUUACCCUCCACAAAAUCCUAAGGAUUUUGCUACUUUCUACUUUAAGUUAAAUUUACUAAUAGAUCACUGAUUGUGGGCGGCACUGCAAGUGAUUCAUUCACCAAUAGAUCUAAAACUCUUCUUUCAUUAAUUCAUCAUAUCUCAAUAAAGUGCUCUGUUUUGAUGUCAAGAUGCAUCCCUUGUCCUUUAUGACCAAAAGGUUCCUUUUCUAUGUUGUCUUUCUGUCCAUCUUCCUCUUGGUUUUCUCUUGCUUCACUCUUCUAAGGUCCAGCAGUAGUUACCUCAUACCUGAAUCAGUUCUUAUGUUAGUGCUUGCCAAUAAGACAUCAGAGCUCAGUACCCAAUUCAGGGAUCAUAACACUCAUCAUCUUGACUUAUUGCCUCCUCCUCCUCCUACGAUAUCCCGAAUAAGUGUUCGACGAAAUUCCAAUUCCAAGAAGGAUGCAAGGUGCUUAGGUGAAGGAAGAAGGAAACUAUGCGACUCCAAUCAGGCUUUGCUCAAGGUUUAUAUGUAUGACUUGCCUUCUCAGUUUCAUUUUGGACUGUUGGGUUGGAAGGGGAAGAAGGAUCAGAUAUGGCCGGAUGUUCGUCGUCAUAUCCCAAGCUACCCGGGUGGCUUAAAUUUGCAGCACAGUGUUGAAUACUGGCUUACAUUAGAUCUUCUCUCGUCGAAUUCUCCGGGUGUCGUCAGGCCUUGCUCGGCAAUUAGAGUGACGAAUUCAAGUCAUGCAGAUGUGAUCUUUGUGCCAUUCUUCUCAUCUUUGAGCUACAACCGGCAUUCGAAGCUUCAUGGGAAGGAAAAGAUUGGUCAGAAUAAGGUUUUGCAGAAUGAAUUGGUGGACUACUUGAUGCGCCGAGAGGAGUGGAGGAGAGGGGGUGGAAAGGAUCAUGUGAUUGUAGCCCAUCAUCCAAACAGCAUGUUGGAGGCUCGGAGGAAGCUCGGGUCGGCUAUGUUUCUGCUCGCAGAUUUCGGGAGAUACCCGGUUGAGAUUGCUAAUCUCAAGAAGGAUGUCAUUGCUCCUUACAUGCAUGUAGUGCCUUCGGUUGGUAAUGAUUCAGCUCCAUUUGAAGACCGCCCUAUAUUGGCCUAUUUCCAGGGUGCAAUCCAUAGGAAGGAUGGUGGCAUGAUUCGCCAUAAACUUUACAGACUUCUAAAAGAUGAGAAAGAUGUGCACUUUGCCUAUGGAAGCGUUCGGGAGAAUGGAAUCAGACAUGCAGGUCGGGGAAUGGCUUCGUCGAGAUUCUGUCUAAAUAUAGCAGGAGACACCCCUUCAUCGAAUCGCCUCUUUGAUGCUAUUGUGAGUCACUGUGUCCCUGUGGUUAUAAGCGAUGACAUCGAGCUGCCUUUCGAGGAUGUCCUAGACUACUCGGAGUUCUGCGUCUUCGUACGGGCUUCAGAUGCUGUCAAGAAAGGUUUUUUGUUGAAUCUACUUAGGGGAAUCAAACGAGAUGAAUGGACUAAAAUGUGGGAAAGGUUAAAGCAAAUUGCGCAUCAUUUUGAGUAUCAGUAUCCAUCGAAGCAGGGAGAUGCUGUUCAGAUGAUCUGGGAGGCAGUUGCUCGCAAGAUCUCAUCUGUUCAUUUGAAACUUCACAAGGAGAACAGAUUCCAUCGAGCAGAGCUCAUAGGAUGAAAUUCAGAAGUCUUAUACCUUAGCCUUAGAAGUCUUUAGAAGGAAAAUAUACUGAUUGGAACCCUCUUGCUGUGGAACUUUGUCUGACUUGGUCAAUAAAGACCUGUAAGAAUUUGUGGAUAGUUUAUAUGGUUAUCUAUUAUAAAUUUCAAUGCAUACCAUGGGAACUUACCAA